CGAUAGCGAGCGAACAUGCGACGUAGAGCGGGAGGAAGUGUUGCAGGGGCCGAAGAGGAUAAGACCGAGGAUUCGUCGUACGGUGGUAGCGCGGCGCGUGACAUUAAAGAUCGUCGAGAAAUUCUUACGUCUCGUUUUGAUAAAAAAGAAAAGGCUAAUUGGAAAAUGUAGGCACGCAUCACGGGCAUCAGAGUGCGUGCCCGUUUAUAAGCACGACGAAUCGAUCGGAAAAAAACGUCGUUGAACACUUACACAUCGUCCUCGUCAUCCUCGUUUUUCGUCAUCCUCGUUAUCUCCACGUCCUUGUCCUUUUCUAUUUUUCAUCUUCUCUUCCUUCUUGUUGUCAUCGAAACAACGCAUUUACGAUCUUCCUUACUAAUUCUUCUCUUUUUCUUUGGUAGUGUUAUUUGUUUUCUUUUUUUCAAUUUUCUUCUAUUCUUCCUUUUCUUGCUUUUCUAUCUAUAUAUCCCCCGUCAAUCUAUUUGUCUAUCUAUCUAUCUAUCUAUCUAUCUUCUAACCUCCCCGUCGUCCGUCAACGACGACACGGCCUACGUUCGAUAUCCGAAAGAGAUGGCCAGCUCACCGAGCAGCAUUGAAAAUCAGAUAGACAGUUUCCUGGAACAGUUCAAGCGUAGUGCGUCUCGCGCCAUGGAGGAGUCCCACAGGUCCGCUUAUAGCAAUGCCUGCGGAAGUAGUAGCAUCAGCCGUAGCAGGAGCGGUAAUCUGGACCUCGAACUUCUAGAGGCUGAAGAUGUUGAGAGUAUGACUGGCGAAAUAGAGAAUGGGGAUCUUGCAGUUCGUGAUGUCGCAGACCUUCUUCAACCACAAUAUGCUAUAAUUGCUGGUGGCAAAACAAGAGAAGGAUGUCCGAUAAUUACCUUUCCUGAUAAUUGUAGCUUCCAUAAUUUGACUGAUUUGGAUUAUCAGCGUCUUAUGCUAUAUCUCACUUCAGUGCCAACUUUACAAGAAGCCGAUCUUGGAUUCCAUUUAAUUAUCGAUAGAAGAAAUGAUAAAUGGAAUUCAGUCAAAACAGUCCUGUUGAAAAUUUCUGGAUUUUUUCCUGGAUUGGUACAUGUAGCAUAUGUUUUGCGACCAGCUGGUUUUUUACAAAAAGCUAUAUCAGAAGUGUCAAAUAAAUUGUUCAGAGAAGACUUUAAAUUUCGAGUUAUAUUUUUAGCAAAUGUUGCCGAACUCUAUGAGUUUGUAGAUAAAGAUCAACUUACCGAACAACUAGGUGGGAAUUUAUCAUACUGUCAUCACACUUGGAUACAAAAUAGAAUUAGUUUAGAAAAAUUCUCAUCAAUGACGCAAGAUGUAUCACUUGCAUUGGAUUCUUUUACUCGGCGUUUAUCAGAAAUAGAAUUUCCCAAUAAUACGAUUGCUACAACAACUUUAUUAUCUCAACAGCAAGCGGAAUAUAAUGAAUUAAAAGAAGAAAUUCUUAGUGCUGCUAGACACGGGGAGGCUCUUUUAGAUAGUGUACGACAAUUAACUGGCAAAGGUACACCGGAUAGAUUAGGAAAUGUUGCAGCAGUAGAAAGAUUACUUGUGCAACUGGAAGAAACCGAACGUACAUUUGACAUAUUUUGGUCACAUCACAGUUCACGUUUGAGACACUGUCUAGCCUUGAGACAGUUCGAACAAGACUUCAGAGAGCUGCAAACCACAUUAGAUCAACAUUUAAAAACUGUCGAAGAAAUGACAGAAGUUGGAGAGACUCAAGCAAGAGUUGAACAAUUGCUUUGUGAUACAUCAGCAUUUCAAAGAAUAUGCAGGGGAGACAUAGAUCGUGCUGAGGAAGUGAUAUCUGCAGGUCAACAGCUGUUAUCUGGAAGACAUCAGUGUCCUGCAGAUGUUGUAGAACCUAAAUGCGUAGAGCUUCAGAGGAUUUGUACUAUCCUUAGUCAACGAUUAGAAAGGCGAUUGCAUAUGUUAACAAAAUGCAGAGAACUCAUGGAGCGUAUAGAUAAGGCUAAUACUUGGUGUACACGUGGAAUAGAAUUGCUUGCAUCACAAAAUAGCACAACACCUCCAGACCAAGCUCUUCAAGAACUGCAACAAUUGAUAGAAGCUGCAGAAGAAUUUCAUCAUCCUAGAUGUAUUUUCCAAGAUUCUGUCAUGCCAGAAACUAAAGCACUCAUUACUCAGGUUUUACAAAGAAUAGAAGAUGUAUCUUUGAUGUGCGAUAAAAGAAUUAUGGCACUCAAGCAACAAUUAAUUAAACCAACAAGACCAGUUCAAACCGUAACACCAGAACCAGUAAAGCCAUUACAACCACUGCCUCAAAUAGUAAAACCUGGUAGAAUCUUGAAGAAAGCCAAUACGAUGCCAAAAAUGGAAAUGAGUCCUAUAGAAGGAGAAUCUUCAUCGCCAGAAAGUGAACCACGAGAUAUAGAAGCUUUGCGUUUAAAACGCGGUCAUGUUUUAGCAGAACUUGUUGAUACAGAGCGGAUUUAUGUUGCCGAAUUAGGCUCGAUUAUUAAAGGUUACAAAAUAGAGCUAACGAAUGAAGCAAUGGCUCAUCUAAUACCAGCAGCACUAGUUGGCAAAGCUGAUGUACUAUUUGGAAACUUAGAGGAAAUUUACAUUUUUCAUGGAGAGACAUUUCUAAGGGAUUUGGAAAACUGUAUUUCAAAUACUGAGCUUGUUGCUCUUUGUUUUGUUCAAAGGAGAGAGAUAUUCUUCAGGCUGUAUAGUUAUUACUGUCAAAAUAUUCCAAGGUCAGAAAGAUUACGCGAGCAGAUACAGAAUGAACCACAAUUUUUAGCGACGUGUCAGCAAAGACUUGGUCACAAACUCCCACUUGCAGCUUAUCUUUUAAAACCUGUUCAAAGAAUUACAAAGUAUCAACUAUUAUUGAAAGAUUUGUUAAAGUAUAGCGAUGAACCAUCGUGUUGCACAGAAUUGCAGGAAGCUAUAGAUUGUAUGCUGGUUGUAUUAAAAUGUGUUAACGAUAGCAUGCAUCAAACCGCUAUCACCGGUUUUGGUGGCGAUUUAAGUGCACAGGGUGAACUUUUAUUGCAAGGUUCAUUUAGUGUUUGGAGCAGCAGUAAACGUGAACUUAAUCUUUUAAGAUUAAAACCUUCACAACGACAUAUUUUCCUAUAUGAAAAAGCGCUUAUAUUUUGUAAGCAUAGCAAGCCUCAAGCACACAAUAAAGCUACGUAUCAUUUCAAAAGAUACUUGAAGAUGUCUCAGAUUGGUUUAACAGAGUCUGUAAAAGGUGAUGCAAGAAGAUUUGAAAUUUGGCUCCAAGGUAGAGCUGAAGUUCAUACGAUACAAGCACCUAGUAUAGACGUCAAACAAUCUUGGGUAAAACAAAUCAAAGGUGUUUUGAUGUCUCAAUUAGCUGAACUUAAAGGGAAACAAAACUCGGCGCUUGGAAAAUCUAAUCACAAACCUUUACGUCAAACAAUUUCCUGGGAAGCUCAAAAUAGCGUUUCUGGAUCUUUACGUACACUUUCAGUGGAUGGCAAUAGCGUUAUAUCACAUAUAACAGAUGUGUCUCAGUCAACGGAAGACGACGUUGCUUGGAGUUCAGAAAAUAGUAAUACUGACGAUGAAGAUGCCUUUGGUGACAGUCCUGGUCCAGCACCUGGUGGAAGAUACGUAGCAUUAGCAGAUUAUUGCGCUGUUGGGCAAUCUGAAGUCACUAUGCAUGAAGGUGACAAUUUAGAACUUCUGAAAGUUGGUUGCGCAGGUUGGUGGUUUGUUAAACUCAUAGGGACAGGUGUUGAAGGAUGGGCACCCGCCGCUUAUCUGGAACCGAUGAAUCGGAAAACAUCACGCAGUUCUCAAUCAGUGAAUAGUCAAGAGACUAUAUGAAAUAGGCGAUUAACACAUUAGGUUGACUAAUGUGUUACUCUUAAUCCAUUACACUGUUGAGAAAUAUCAGUUGUUGAUAUUUACUGUUAAAGACGGUAUUUUGAAACUUUUUUCAAGAGGAAUAUACAAAGAAGACACAAUGAAAUUCUCUUCUAUAGAUUUCAGCUAACGGUUUGUAUAUGGACUUACACUUUUCUGGUAAGAUAUUGUGACAUGCAUUUGGAUAACAUUUUACUUCAUUUUUUAAACAUGUCCAAUAUCCGACAUGGAAUGAUAUAUUAAGACGAGGAAGAUUUGUUGGAUUUUAAUUAUUGAGAGACGAGGAGAUAAUUUAUUAUAUACUGGAUAAUGUAAGAAUGUAUGAGAGAUAUGAAUUUGAUAAUUGCAUUGCAUUAAACCAUUUGCAAUGUUUCUUGAAUAAAUAGCGCUUACAUUAACACAGAAAUGUACCUACUAUUGGAUAUAUCUAUCUGAAGUUAGAGAAAGACAUUGUAUUGUACAAAAAAUUGCUCGGUGAUGAAUUCCCAAAAAUAUGUGCACGCACACAUGUAUAUUUAGAAUUAAACAAUCGCGUUUGUAUAAUAAGGAAUAUGCAGAUUUUAAGUCUGUAUUACAUAUUAUAAAGCAAAGGAAUAAGGAGGUGAAGCUACUGAUUUAUAUGAAUACCAUCCUUGCAGUGUUAUUCGAUAAUAUUUUAACAAACGCAAACCACAUAAAGUUUGCAGAUAGUAGUCUUAACAUGUGACCUGUACAAUUAGUUAUAUCGGUUAUAUGCAAAUAUUCCAAAGUUACUACCAUUAUAUAGAGUAUUAUUGUUUAAUAUAUCAUUCAUAUGAAUGUGCGAAUAUCAUUUUCUUUGAUAUAAAAAAAAAGUGCAUGUAACUGCAUAAAUGCAAUAUAUUUUCCUUGUACGCUUUUUCACGAUAUUCAUCAAGGUUACGAAUUUGUACCUUUAGAAUAGAAUUAUUAUCUAGUUUCUUUCCAUAUAAGCAAUAUAGUACAAUUUAGAUUAGAUAUUUUUUAAGUAUUAUUAUACGAUAUAUAUGAUAGAAUAUUUGCAUACUAUCGGAAAAUGGUCACUUUGCCUUGAGAGGUGAAAUGUGUGAUACAUACAAUGUUAGUUUUCAUGCUUCUGUGAUUAAUUAUUUUACACACAUGCAGAAGUAUUUAGUUAUAAUAUAUUGCCAUUUUUAGGAUAUCACAUAAUAUUGUUAAUGAGUCAUUGCGACCAAAUAACUGAACAUUUUCAACAAUCAUGAAUAAAAAUUUGGCUAAUAAAAAUGUUAAAUUAAUACGCAAAGUGAAAUGAUUGUGAGAUGUACACAAUUCUUCUAGAUGAUAAAAUGUUAACACCAAGUAUCAUGCAAUAUUAAAAGAAAAAAAAACACAAAAAACAAAAAACACAAAAAAAUUGAGUACGAUAAUAUAUCUAAUAUUAAAGAUACAUAAUAUUUUAGGAAUCAAACAGACAGUCUCAGUUUUAGCAAAAUGCGUAAUCCACAAACAAAUUCAUAAUAAUAACAUAUGUGUACAUAUAAUUUGUACUCAGAGUUUGUAUGGACAUAGAUAACACAACUUAACUUAAAAAGCGUCUAUCUGCUUUCUUUUACUAAGUACUAUGCAGGAACUAUGUGCAUUAAAUCAACGGUAUUAUCUAUAAAAAAAAUUAUUACUUGAUAAGUUUUAUUUAAAUUACAUUUUUCACACUAAAUACAGGGUUCCAAUGUAAUUAUUAGACACAUAUAUUUAUUAGAUAUGAAUUAUUUAUUUUUGCAAUCUACCACAAGUAGAAAAGCAAAAUAUAGAAAAUAUAAAAUUUAUGUAAUUUAUAUAGUUUUACGAUUAUUAUCUAUUAUAUUUGUUGUUUACUAUGUCAAAGAGUUCAAACGCAAUAGAAAUUUGUAGUUUAUAUAUUUUUAUCCAUUUUCACGCCGUCCUCAUAAUAAUUCUAAAAUUUUGGUCAGAUAAACUAAAUCUAUUUAAUUAUAUAUUAUUCAUGUUUUUAUUAGAUUUUCUUUAAAAGUACUAAAAUAAGUGAUUAUAUUUGAAUAAAACAUGAUAUUAUCCAAGUCUAUGUUUACAUACCAGAAAAAUUUUAAAUACCGAGUAAUGUAAGCUCGACGAUUUAGCAGAUUUUAUUUAUAAUAGGUAACAACAAGUUUACCUGCAUAAUACAGCUUUACACGAAAAGAGGUUUUAUAUGUUUGUGCUGUUCAAAAAAUAAUUUUAAUUCUAGCAACUAAGUAUGUUCAUAUAAUCUUUGCAAAAUAUGAUCUUUUAUUUAUACUUUAGUUAGAAAACAAGGUGAAAUAUCCAUAAGUAGAAAAAGUGAUUUAAUCAUUAAAAAAGAUUUUGUAGCAACUAUACAUAUAUAGACAAUAAUAUUGUCCAUUGUUAAAUGAUAUUAUUCAACUUUUAAACAUUUUGUGAACAUGAUAACAAUUCACAAUAAUAAUAUAACAAUAUCGCCAUACUUCCCUAAAUACACUGGCAAAUAUAAGCAGAUUCUUGCAUACAAAUUCUUGCUGUGGGUAAUCUUGAUACUAUAAUAAGAGUUAAGAUCUAAAACAUUAUGGAUGUUUAAGAUCGAUGAGCUCUUGUUACUAUAGUAAGAUCAACUGCUUUUUACUAAAGGGUUCCUUUCGUUGUUCCUUUGAGAAAAAGAGGAAUAAAUUAUAUUUUUACACAUAAUUUGGAUGCUGAAAUUGCUUCUAUUUGCUGUAAAUGCUAUUAUAUAUUGACAUAUACAGAUUUCUCAAUUCAUAUACUUAAGAACAGUUAUAAGAAAACUAAUUAUAUGGGAUCUUACUUUGGGGAACAAAAUUCUGGAUUUAUCCUAUAGUCUGGUAAUAAACGGCUAUAUAUUUUU